AUGAGUCUCCUAAAAGAACGGAAACCAAAAAAGCCGCACUAUAUUCCACGGCCCCCAGGAAAGCCAUUCAAGUACAAAUGCUUCCAGUGUCCUUUUACAUGCAAUGAGAAGUCACAUCUUUUCAAUCACAUGAAGUAUGGUCUCUGUAAAAACUCUAUUACGUUAGUGUCAGAGCAAGAUCGCGUUCCCAAGUGUCCCAAGUCUACUUUGCUGGACCCUAAGCAGACCCACCAGUCAGAGCCCACCUCAAAACAAGUCACUUCCAAGUCUCUCCCAAACGGACUCUCCAGCUUUGAUCCAAAGUCUCAGCAGGGCUCUGCAAAGGAAGAGACCAAAGAGAACCUAGAAAUGCAGGCCCGGGGAACCCACAAGGGACCCCAGAAAACAGCCCUACAGAAAGAAGUGACAUCAGAAGCCAUUCUAAGCACCCAGCCUGGUCUAGACAGUGGGGUUAGGCCUUCAGCAUUUGUUCCAGUUGGGGAGCACAGACUUAGGGGGCCAGAAGACACAGAGGCUUCUGAAAUGCUGGCAUUAACCAGCUCCACCACCAAAGCCACCUCUUUCCAUGCCAAGUCUGCAUUCCAUACUCCUGGUUACCCCUGGAAAGCUGGCUCCCCAUUCCUGCCACCUGAGUUUCCACAUAAAAUCCCAUCUUCGAAGGGGUUUGGUGCUAUCUCCCCCUAUAUGCACCCUGCAAUCCCAGAGUACACCCACCCCUUUUAUACAGAGCAUGGGCUGACUGCCAUCUAUUCCCCCUACCUCCUGCCUGGGAACACGCCUGAGUGUGACACCACUUUGCUGUCUGUCUAUGGGUCCCAAGACCAAAGACACUUCCUGUCUCAUCCUGGACCAAUCCCCAAGCACUUGAACACAACUCCAUCCACAUAUGACCACUACAGAUUUUUCCAGCAAUACCACUCAAAUCUGCCAAUUCCUUAUGGAUUUUACAGACCAGAGUCUGCAUUUCCCUCCUACAGUCUCAGGCUCCCACCUGUCCCUGGUAUCACAAGAGAUCAGAGCUCUCGCCUGCUUGAAGAAGCAGCCCUGGCUUACCCAGCCUCGAGUCCCUCCGAGUUAAAUCUCUCAAACUCCCACAGAAAACACACGGAGUUUGAGAAGGAAAGUCCAGUUUCUGAAGCAAAAGAUCCUUCUAAAGAUGGGCAAAGGGAUGCAGAAGAGGCAAAAAUGAGCCCCCGAGCAGGGAGCGCUGCCACAGGCUCCCCAGGAAGACCAAGCCCUACCAAUUUCACCCAAACAAGCCAAACAUUAGAAGGCUUGUGUGACCUCUCAAACAAAGCAGCCUCCUCAGGAACCCUGGAACGACUCCAGCAGCCUGAGCAGAGCCCCACUGCCUUCAAACCUGUCCAGAGGGGCUCAGAAAGUCCUCACUCUCAGCCUCCUGCAAACAGAACAGAGUCUCCAAAAAGCCUUCAGGCCAUGAACAGUGACUCUCCAACCCAGAUAGGAACCAGUUCCUCUCUCAUCACAGAGGAGCCACCUUCCAGCCCAGAGGACCACUCCAGGAUAGCCCCCCUCAAUCUCUCCAAGAAGUUGGAGACAAACCCUGCAGCCACUUAUGGAUCCAUGUAUGUAGACAAUGCCCAGGCCGACACCCUGGGCUUCUCAGGGCUGCAAGACCUGCCACUCAAUCUCUCUGUAAAGGAUUCCUGUAAUGCCUGGGCUCCUAGGCCUGUCUUCCCCAGCCCACCACAAGGUGCAGAACCUGCUGCUGCUCCCAAGACUGAGACAAAAGGUUCUGAAGGUAGGACAAGCCAUGUGGAGACACAGCAAGACAAGGCCCACAGCAGGACAACCCCAGAUGUACACACGGUAGACAGUAGUGAGGAACAGAAGCAAACGGCAGCUGUAGCUCUCUGUCAGCUGGCAGCCUACAGCCCAGGCAAUGUCCGAGUGGGCGAUGAUGAGAGCACAGCCCAGGAAUCCACCUGUCAAGAGGUGCCCACCCACAGUUCCACAGAGAAUCAGGGGGCUCAGUGUGACCUCAGACCCAAAGGACAAAAGAGGACAAGUCAAAGGGAUGCAGGAAAAUCCCAGCAAGGAACUAAAAAGCCAAAGCUGAACGACACCGUACCAAGAGUGCUCACUCUACGCAAAAGAACCCGGGUGUCCUGAGGCCUCACGAGCUCCG